GCGGGGCAGGAUCCCGAUGGGUCUGUUAAAGGGUUAAUUCUGGACUGCAGGGACAGGAAGAUGUUCAUAUCUGUGAAACUUAAGGCCAUACCGCUUUAAGGAAUUCAAGUUCGGCUUCUUAAGGAAUGUAACAAAUGCUCCGGUAUACUUGUGCAUCAUUGGAUUAAAGGUGGUUUCAUUCAACAUUGAAACGGACUGAGUACACAGAAGGAAGGGAAGUUUUCUCGCUUAGCCAGAGGGACACCUACUUAAUCUCAUGGAAGGAAGUUAAACAAGCCUAACAUGUCUACCGAUGUGUGUGCAGACAAUAAAUAUGCUUUGAUAAAAACGUUAUUGCUGCUGAAGCACAGGCCGGGUGACCGCUACGCUAUUUUCACACAGGCUUUAUGGAGAGCGGAUCAGUGCUCCAGAAAACAAUGGAAAAAAUGAGAUAGCUCAAGUUUUCAGACAUUUCGAUAGGUAAAGGACAAAAAGCAACGUGUCCGGAGGAGAUUCAAGUCCAUGGUAAGGUUUGGAAGUAUGUCCUACAGCGACCAGACUCCACCCAGCCCCAGCAGGACCAGCAACAGUAACUCUGGGGCGCAGUAUGCUACUGCCGCGCUGGGCGUGGGCCUGAUUGCUCUGGGGAUUGUCAUGAUUGUGUGGAGCGUGGUGCCGGCGGGGUCCGGAGGGAACAGUUCCAAACCGGGAACAGACUCCACUCAAGUUAAGGAGACCUCAUCCGUGGCUUUCGUCCUAGUGGGGGGAGGAGUGGCGCUGCUGCUGCUGUCUGUGUGUCUGAGCGUACGGAACAAACACCGAGCGGCCAGGGGACAGGAAGCUGGCAGUACACCUGCUAGCACACAGGAGGAGGGGGCUACAAUGGACCAACUAGCUCAGAACUACACGGUCCCCACUUAUGAGGAGGUGGUUAUGAGUGGCCAGUAUCCCAUCAGUCAGUCCUCUGAGCGCCACAACAGCGUCACCCAGCUGCCAGCCUAUGAGGAGCUAGAGGAAGGCCUGAACACCGUGGAUGAUGGAUCCAGCCCAUCACGCAGACCUUCAUCCCAAAUCGACCCCAGCACUGGAGCAGGUGGCCGCAGAAACAGCCGUCCCGGUCGCAAGCUGAUUCCCCUUAAAAUAAGGCGCAUCAGAUCUGACAACCUAAGACGGAAAAGCUUAGGCGAUAUCCAGCAGAGCAACGUGUUCACCAUCGAACCCCUAACUCCGCCCCCACAGUAUGAUGAUAAGGUCCCUCCACUUGCUCCUAACACACAAGAGUGAACCCGUGCUGGAGAUUUACACUGACAUUGCAGUGUCAAAGUAUGAUGAAGUGUCCACAUCCUUUAUGAAAUACUACAGCACUGAACUGCAAAUUACUCCUCUGGAUAGGAUGUGCCACUAUCAGCAGCACAGAGUUCACAGUGUAAAGGUGGAGAGCCUUCAGGAUGUCUUCCUGUGUUGGUUGUACGUUUCCUGUUUAGAAAAAAAAACGCUUAAUAAAAAAGAUGUUUGCAGCUGACUAGGAACUGAACUGGAUUUUUGAAAGAUGUUUACUGAACAACUGCUGGUUUUGAUAUUGGCUGGUCUUGUUAUUGCCGUUAAACUUGAAAUUCAGCAUUCGAGCUGCCCAGACCUUCAUAGGACAAGAACUUUCGAACAGAUUUGAAACUGUAAACUGUGAGUCACAUCAACGCUAUUGCGCUUUUGCACUGAUAUUUGUGUGUGUGUGUGUGUGUGUGUGUGUGUGUGUGUGUGUGUGUGUGCGAGAUGUCGUGUAAGAGUGCAUGUGAUGUUGUUUUGUAAAUUUUCCAGGAACUUCGCUUUAGUUUGUGUGUUGGCUUUAACUUUCUGUGUUUGUGUGCAAGUAUGAUUGUUCUUAGUGACCUUGUUGCCGGAGUGACAAACCGUGAGGUCAUCUGUAUGUGUCUCUCCUCAUGGUUUACGACACAGAGAGGUUCAUUGACCAUGCAGCUGUCUUAUAUCACUCUCUCUCUCACCAACACACACCACCAAACACUGAGAAUUUCUUGUCUCCCUUUUUCACUUACUUGGAAUCACAAACACUUGGUCUUUUCAUCCCUUUAUUUUUAACUUUUAGAGUUGUUUCUCAUAGGGCAGCUGUGGCAUCUCCAUGAUGUGAGGUUCAGGCUCCCUGUCAUCUGUCUGCACUGGUGUUGCUCUUCUAAACACUCCAAUAUUUUCACAUUAAGACACACCUGUAGCUGGUUAUUAUUGAAAUCAGUUUCUUUUUCUGGAAUUUUUGCUGAUGACAGUGCAGUUUAAGACGUGUGGAUGGAAAAUGUUGCUGAAUCUCAUGUGCUAUUUAACGAUCUGUUAUUUGUUUCUUCUGUUUGUUUGGGUUUUUUUCUCUAUUUUGGAAUAUUCUGUUCAUAAUUGUAAUCUAUUAUGUUAUGAGAAAUAAAAAAUGUUUGGUA